GGGUCCUUGGAGGAGUUAGGACUGGGAGAGUCUAUUGUGGUGGUGCUUGAUGAUGGUGACGAUUCUGUGAUUGUGGGGUCUCCCUGUUUUAAGGUGUGUGGUUUUGGGAUCUCUGUUAGGAUUUGAACAACUUCUCGCAUUGUUAGGCGCUCUACGGCCUGUUCUUCCACACAGAGCAUCGCGACGUAGAAUACAUGCAUCACCUCAUUGAGAGGAACUGAAGGGAGCCUGGGGUCAAGGAUUUUGAGAACUCCUUCCUUCUUUGAAUCUGUCAUUUUCCGAACCCAUUGAACAAUGUCUACGCCAUCACCAAAUUCUCCUACUGGUUUUCUCCCACUAACAAGUUCUAGCAGCACCACACCAAAGCUGUACAUGAGGAACCCAAUUCAUUUUAUGGUUAUUUUUUUGGUUGUUGUUUUGGGUGAAAAAGUUCGUUUCUUUGUAAAGUGAUUUUUUUGGAAGGGACGAAUGAGUCGAAUGAAGGUUGCUUUUCGCGUCGGAAUCUUGUUAGCCGCCUUGAUUUUGUCGGUGGCGGUGGUUUUGGGUGAGUUUCAGACGACCUUUGAGCUUAAGAGAGCGAUUCCGCUCAGUCACCAACUCGACCUGAGCCAACUCAGAGCGCGUGACGCGGUCAGGCACGGUAGGUUGUUGCAAUCCUCUGGUGGAGUCGUGGAUUCGCCUGGGUUCAUCGUAAACUCGCGAGCUGGGUUCCUCGCGAACCCAGGCUCCUGGGUAGCCGUGAGGAACCCAGCUUGCGAGUUCGCGAGGAACCCAGGCUCUUGGGUAGCCUGUGACGAACCCAGCUCGCGAGUUCGCGAGAAACCCAGCUCAAAAAGGGGCGCGAGGAACCCAGUUCUAACAAAAUCAGAACACAAGAAGGAAAAGAAUCAGUAGAGAAAGAUUAUGGGCGCGAGGAACCCAGGCUCCUGGGUUCCUCGCGAACCCAAGCUCCUGGGUAGCCUGGGUUCGCUUGCG